AGCCGCCCUGGCUUGGGGCGCUGCGCCCGCCGGCCAGGGCGAGGGCUCCGAGCUUUGGCCGCCCCCCGCGCGGCCAUCCGCGGAGGUUGCCACCGAUGUCGCUCUUGCCGGGCCAGGCGCCCACCAAGAAGUUGAGAUUGGACGAGGCGUUGAAGCCUGCAGGCUAUGAGGGCGGCGUCGGUCGAGGCGCCAAGGUGCCCAUGCAGACCCGCGCGGACAUGGGCUUCGGAGGCGCGGUGCCGCCGAAGCGAGGAACUGACGCCAUGUUCGGCAAUGCCCCUCCAGGCUACGUGCCCGGCCGUGGCCGUGGCGCUACCGGCUUCAUCGGUGGCGUCAGCCGAGACGAGGUCGACCGAGAUGAUGACAAGGCCCCGCCCGCUCAGAAGAAGGGUGCCAUCCUUUUGCCAGGUUCCACCACGUCGGCGCUCGUCCGCGCAUUGAGCCUGCCAUACAUGGCAAGGUUUUGCCAUCGACUUCUCUGCGAUGCGGCUGUCAUGCGUAACUACUGGGCCUCAUCCAGGACGUAGACGACGUCCUCGUUAACCCUGCUCUGUCACGAUGCUCUGCAUUUUGCGGGAAGCAACUGCGGCUGGCUCCCAGCAUUCUGCGAGGAAAGUACGGCUUUUACAACGACGAUCCCGGGUUGCCAUCGAUCGGGCACGCAAUCGGUGAUGCACGCCGAAUUUGUUCGUUAAAGCAGUGUGGGUGAG